AUCGCGACUCGACGCGUCAGAUCAUCCGCCUCUGAUCAGAAAGAUACAAAAGGGCGCACCCACCGAACUGCUUAUUAGGACUAUUACCGGGUCUCGUUUACAUAGAAACCGAACACCAAACAUGGCACCGCUCGCAGUGCACAUCAAGCAUGCUGGAAAGGUGCACGAUGUCGAGCUCGAUCCCGAUCUGCCUCCUACCGCGUUCAAGGAGGCAGUAUACCAGGUUACCGGUGUGCCUCUUGACAGAAUGAAAGUGAUGGUCAAAGGUGGUGUUCUCAAGGACGACACGGACUGGAAGAAAGUAGCACCCAAAGCCGGUCAAACAUUCAUGAUGAUCGGUGCUGCAGGUGAACUUCCCAAGCCGCCCGAAAAGCCCGUAGUUUUCCUCGAAGACAUGGACGAAUCAGAGUUAGCGCAGGCGCUCGCACUGCCUGUAGGACUAAAGAAUCUUGGUAAUACUUGUUACAUGAACGCGACUGUACAAGCAAUGCGGGCGAUACCGGAGCUCCGAAUAGCCCUUGGCACGUCAUCCCCAUUAGACGUCCUACCGAAGGCGUUGCGUGACUUGUACAACAACAUGUCGAAUACCACGGAAAGCGUAGUUCCCAUCUCGUUUUUGACCGAGCUUCGUCGGGUGGUGCCUCAGUUCGGGGAGCUGGAUAGAUCGAAGGCGGGUAUGAUGCCAGGCUAUGCGCAGCAGGAUGCGGAGGAAUGUUGGACGCAAAUGACGAAUGCACUCAAAGAAGUGCCUGGCAUUGGUGCUGACGGCUCCUCUGUAUCUGGGAAGAAAUUCGUAGAUCAGUUCAUGACAGGAGAAAUGCGUAGAGAACUCAAAUGUGAUGAAGAUGAAAAUGAGCCACCGACUGUCUCCACUGAACGGGUCCUUAAGAUUGAGUGCAACAUAUCAAACACGACAAAUUACAUGCAUACCGGCAUCAUGGAUGCCUUGAACCAGAAAGUCGAGAAGAAUUCAUCUUCCCUGAUGCGUGCGGCCAUGUAUACUCAAACUUCUCGAAUGUCCCGCCUGCCAAGUUACCUUAGCGUACAUGUGGUUCGCUUCGCAUGGCGUCGUGAUAUAGGGAAGAAAACGAAGAUUAUGCGCAAAGUGAAGUUCAUGACGGAGUUCGAUGCUCUCGAUAUAGCGACCCCGGAACUUGCGCAGAAACUUACGCCCGUUUCCCGGAGGCUGAAAGAAAUUGAGAAGGAACGCACAGAACGGAGGAAGGUCCGUAAGCGGACCAAGGUGGUGCAGGCUUCUACUCCAGCCCCGAACACUUCUCAAUCAGACAUGAAUGUCGACGAACCCCAAGCAUCAGCGUCAACUGCAGCGCCAGGAGAGCUUGAAGAGGAAGACGUGUAUCGUUCACGAGAACUGACGGAAUUAGAGGGUUUGGUAGACCCAUCGUUGAAAGAGGAUUUCGGAUGCAGUGUGACAGGCUUGUAUGACCUCGUGGCUAUUGUGACCCACAAAGGCGCACAGGCAGACGCUGGCCACUACAUGGGCUUUGUCAAGAAGAGCGUGUUCCAUGGCGGAAGUUCUGUAAAUGGCUCCGCGACUACUCCUGACAAGGGCUUCGACGAGGAUGACGAGGAUUGGUAUAAGUUUGACGAUGACAAGGUGUCAAUCUUCCCCAAGGAGAAGUUGGGAACGAUUGAUGGCGGAGGCGAGGAUUCCUCGGCAUAUGUUCUCCUGUACAAGAGCAAAACACUUGGGUAAUUGUGUCAUUAUAUGCGUACGUAUGAAUACAUAGAAGGCCAAGCUACCACACAUGUUUGUUAUUCAGUCAAUGUACGGAUGUACUCAUGAAGAAUUUCGAUAGUUGAACGACGCACGGUC